AUGAAGGACCAUUUGGCCAUGUCACCGCAUGCAUCGGAGGCGUCGUCGGCCGCAGGCUACGUGACGCUUCGUGCGCCGUCGCCGAUGCGCGAGCCGACGACGCUGCAUGAGAUCCUGGACUCGAUGGAUCCGUCGGAUCCGCUCUCGUCCGUCGCUAGCUUUCCACAGGAGGCGGCGUACGAUGACGAGCUGCCUGCGGAGACCACGCCGAGUGGGCGGCGGCGACGCCACAUUCUGUCGGAGCAGCGCCGACGUAAUCAGAGUCGCGAGGCGUUCGAGCGGCUGUCGGAGCUGCUGGGCGUGGGGCGCCAGUACGGCGCGCGUGCGCUGGGCCUGAAUGCCGGCGCGGGCACGGGCGUCGAGGACGAAGAGCUCGAUGACCGCACAGAUACGGAAGAGGACUUGAUGCUGUGCUGUGAUGAGGAAGUCAUGAUGCGGCGCAAGCGCAAUGCGCUGCGUCGGGCCCGCACGCGGCAGAGUCAUGGGCGGCACACGCGUGGCAAGGGCCGUGGGCGGGGCGGGAGUGCAGGGCAGGCGGGCAGCAAGUCGGCGGUGCUGUUCCAGGUGAUUGACCUGCUGGACUGGCUCGACGGGCGAGACGCGCAUCUCGAGCGCGAUAUACACGAGCUCGAGAUGCUGCUGGGUGUGGCGCAGCGCCCACAUUUUGGCUAG